CCCUAAGCCCCUUUUUCGUUCCGCCCAAAGGAUCCUCUCGAUUGAAAGGUCUACUACGCUUCUCUGAAGCCCGAAUCGAUCUCUCUUCCUUGCCGCCGUCUACUCCUCGACGAAUGCAUCCCUAAUUAGCGCUUGGUUUUGCGUCUUUUCGCUCUUUGAAAUAUUGUUUAGAAACCCGUUCAGCUGAUGAAAGAAACCAUCUCCUGUACCUGUUUUCUGUCCGUCAAUCCGAUUUUUUCUUGGUCAUUCUGUUCUUGAAUGGUAGAGGGAGGCGAAUGGAGAUAAAGUACUCGAUUGAUGACCUCCCGGUUCAGGAUCCUCCAACAGAGGAGUUCACCGCUUCGGACCUCACGUGGACCAAGUACGGAAGCUCUGAGCACCACGUCGAUGAUGUAGCUCUUGUUCCUUAUGACCGGGUUGAUGCCUUUAUCGGUGGUGAAUGCUCGAACCCAGAGCAUCCCACUCGAUUCCACAUCGAGAGGGGAAGGAAGAGAGAGAGGGGUAGCCUGAAGGAAUGUAAAAGUGAUGAAUACCUCCUAUAUAGGCUAUAUUGGUGUUCAUUUGGUCCGGAGAAUUAUGGAGAGGGGGGAAGCAUAUUACCUAGCCGAAGAUAUAGGCUCAACACAAGAAAUCGUGCUGCUCGGCCGCAAUCCAUGCGUGGCUGCACGUGCCAUUUUGCCAUCAAGCGCUUAUAUGCACGACCAUCGAUUGCUCUUAUCAUAUAUCACGAAAGGCGCCAUGUCAACAAGUCGGGUUUUAUAUGCCAUGGUCCGCUUGAUCGUGAUGCAAUCGGCCCAGGUGCCAAGAAAGUCCCAUACAUUUGCAGUGAAAUCCAGCAACAGACCAUGUCCCUGAUUUAUCUUGGCAUUCCCGAAGAAAAUGUUUUGCAAACACAUAUUGAAGGUGUUCAACGUUAUUGUGAUCCAAACACGAGCGUGAAUAGCCUUGCUUCUCAGUACGUCCAGAAGCUUGGGAUGAUUAUUAAAAGGUCCACACAUGAGUUGGAUCUGGAUGACCAAGCCAGCAUUCGCAUGUGGGUUGAGAAAAAUAAGAAAUCCGUGUUCUUCUACCAGGAUUCUUCAGAGACUGAUCCUUUUAUUUUAGGGAUCCAAACAGAGUGGCAGUUGCAGCAGAUGAUCCGGUUCUGUCAUCAAAGCAUUCUAGCAUGUGACUCAUCUUUCGGCAUAAGCAAGCUGAAGUAUCCACUGUACACGCUCCUUGCUUUUGACUCUAGGCAUCAUGCUUUGCCUGUUGCUUGGGUUAUAACCCGAACCAUCACUAAGCAGGAUGUUUCUAAAUGGAUGAAAGCUCUUGUAGAUAGGAUUCGUGCUGUUGACUCGGUUUGGAAUAUCUAUGGGUUCAUUAUCGAUGAUCCAGCGCUAGAAAUUGACCCUAUCAGGGAGAUAUUUUGCUGUCCUAUCCUCUUCUCACUCUGGCGUAUUCGUAGAUCAUGGCUUAAAAAUGUGAUCAAGAAGUGUGGUCACAUUGAAGUUCAGCGAGAAAUAUACAAACGAUUGGGCAAGAUAAUGUACAGUAUAUGGACUAAAGAAGAUCCUAUGGAUGCUAUGGAAGAAUUAUUUCAGGAUUUUAUUGACCAGACUGCCUUCAUUCAGUAUUUUAAGGCAUUUUGGGUUCCAAAAAUUGAGAUGUGGCUUGGAACCAUCAAGAGUCUUCCACUUGCAAGCCAGGAGUCAUGUGGUGCUAUCGAAGGAUACCAUGUGAAGCUCAAGCUCAAAGUUUACGACGACUCCCAUCUUGGUGCACUCCAACGAGUGGAUUGGUUGGUUCAUAAGCUGACAACCGAACUUCAUUCCGGUUACUGGCUUGAUCUAUAUGCAGAUGAAAGCGGGUCUUUCCCAUCAGUAAAAGAGGAAUACAUUUUAUCCACUUCAUGGCACAGGGCUUUGCAGAUUCCAGACGAUGCUGUUACUUUCGACGAUAAAGAGCAUCUCUUUGCUAACGUUCUAAGCCAGAAGGAUGGCGGCCAAGAACGGAUGGUGUGGAACCCAGGGUCAGAGUUUGCUCUCUGUGAUUGUUCAUGGUCAAUGCAGGGGAACCUUUGCAAACAUAUUAUAAAGGUUAAUCUUUUCUGCCAACAUAAAAAGGAGUUUCUGCCUUCCUUGUCGUACUUAUCAUUUCAAGAGGUCCUGCUCGAUCUUUGGAGAAAACCAAUGGACGACUCUCUAUCGCUUGAUCUGUCCAUGGCAUGGGUUGCACAAAUGCAGGACAAUAUUCAAAGACUAGUGGAACUCAUUACUUCUGGUGAUAUCGCCAAAGUGACCAACAAAUUGCCAUUGAAAUGGAUUGGUAGAAGAGAGAGGACAUCAGUUGGUAAACCCACUGGUAGUAGUACUCUUUCUCUUCGUCGCACUAACAAAGGAGGUGUCCAAAAAAAAGCUGCCACUAGGAGGAAGAACCGAAAGCGUAAGAGACUCUCCAGAAUCAAAAGUUACUCAUAAAUUCUAUGUUUCACGAUGAGGAUUGUUGAUAAAUUAGCAAGCCAUGUAGAAAGUUCUCCAUGAUCUUUUGGGUAAAAUUUAGAUGCUUCAUCGCCGACGAUUGUGCUUAAGAGCACAUGUUCUUCUUGUUUCAACACAAGAUCUUUUGAUUCAUGGGUAUAUCUACGAUAAAAUUUCUCAAGAUCUCCUCGGUUGAAGUGUUCAUUUUUGCCUGCAUCAUGCAAUUAACAGAUUGUGAUGUUUCUUUCAUCCAGUAUUCAGAUGUUCUGCUAUUCAGGUUUGUCAUGAUCAUCCGAAAAUAUGUUUGUUUCUGAUUGCUUCUCAUUUAUUGCUUGGCGGGCUUUUCGGUGACGGGCUUGGACUCGGGCAUGGAUCACAUAUCUAGUUGGAGGAGCUAAGAUAGGUAAGAAAUGAGAAGCUAGUUCAAUUCCAGUGGGAGCCUAAAUUUGCUGGGCCAAUUCGAAGAACAUAUCCACAAAUAUGAUGAACUGGUUAGAGGAGUUCAGUGAUAGAAGAUGGACUGAGCUUGCCAGAGAGAAGCAGUACUAAAGUGGAGGUGAGAUUGCUACCAAAAGCAAAUAUGUUACAAAGGUGAAGACUUUUAUGGAUUCAGCCCGGAGAGCAGAUCAGAGUUCGCUCCAGAUUACGUGAGGUGCUCGUUUCGUUUUGGGUCCUCCUACAUAGAUGGAUGAUUGGAGUUGAUUUGAUUCAAUUUAUCGAUCUGAAACAUGUUGGGAGUUCUUCAAGAUAGAAUAUGCCGAAUGAAUGAAUAAUGUUGUCCGAAAGAGACGAAUCAUUCAUGUUAUCUUGUAUCCCUUGUGCUGCUUCAAUUUGAAAGUAAGAGAUACUUGUGUCUCAUAUAUCACUUCUAAUAAAAACUUUUGUUCGAUUAA